GGUGCCAGUCUUCAUCUGGAAGCCUCCCGUUAACCUCCUGCAACCUCCUGUAACCCACCAUCACCCCCACCCCCCACCAACCGUUGUUUUCCGGUGUUUUGAUUAAUCGUCUUUCCCCAAGUCUGUACGGGGAUUGACGCUCUCCGUUGGGAGGGGAGUGAAGCAACUGAUGGGAAGUGCCCAAGAGUUGGCCGGACUCGGCACGGGCGUUUUCAGCCCUGGGGUUUGAGCUAGUUUUAGGGUGGGGGGAAUCUAAAGGUUGCUCGGUUCGCCAGAGGAUUUUUCUUCGCUCGCACUGGAAGUUGUCGGCUCCCCACGGCAGGUUAGCGAGGGCACCCCGGGAAUGUAGUUACGUGCAGACAGUCAACUGGAACAGCCAGGGCUGCUCAGAGAGAGAGAGAGAGAGGAGCGAGAAUGCUUAAAUAAUCUGGUUCCUCAGCUGUGCUUGGCUGGUGGGAAGUAGGAAAACAGAGUUGCUUUUGGUCCCGGGGGGUGCGAAAUUUUGUCAAUUACCCACCCCGUGCCGGGAGAGAUGGGGACCCUGCGGGACCUGCAGUACGCCCUCCAGGAGAAGAUCGAGGAGCUGAGGCAGAGAGACGCCCUGAUCGACGAGCUGGAGCUGGAGCUGGACCAGAAGGACGAGCUGAUCCAGAAGCUUCAAACCGAACUGGACAAAUACCGCUCGGUCCUGCGGCCGGCCGCUCAGCCCCCUAGCCAGAGCGAGUCCAGCAGCAGCCAACUCCAAGAGCAGCACAGGACCAAGAGGCAGGCUAUCUCGGCAGAGCCCACCGCUUUGGACAUCCAGGACAUCAGCCACGUCACCCUACCUUGUUAUUCCAAGAGUGCACGGUCGAAGGAGCUGAUCAAGGAUGCCAUCUUAGAGAAUGACUUCAUGAAGAACUUGGAGAUGUCUCAGAUUCAGGAGAUUGUGGACUGCAUGUACCCGGUGGAGUACAGCCAAAACAGCUACGUUAUUGAGGAGGGAGAUGUGGGCUCACUGGUGUAUGUUAUGGAAGAGGGAAAGGUGGAGGUGACGAAAGAAAAUGUAAAGUUGUGCACAAUGGCGCCGGGGAAAGUGUUCGGAGAGCUGGCCAUCCUCUACAACUGCACCAGGACUGCCACAGUCAAAGCCCUCACUAACAUCAAGCUAUGGGCCAUCGAUCGGCAAUGUUUCCAAACAAUUAUGAUGCGAACAGGGUUGAUCAAACAUGCCGAGCAUAUGGAGCUUCUCAGAAGUGUCCCCUCCUUUCGCAAUCUUCAGGAGGAAGUUCUAAGCAAAUUUGCUGAUGUACUCGAGGAGACUCAUUACAAAGAGGGAGACCACAUUGUGAGGCAAGGCGCCAGCGGAGACACUUGCUUUAUCAUCAGCAAGGGGAAGGUGAACGUGACACAAGAUGAGUCAAAAAGUGGCGAAGCGGUGCUUCCCACAACUCUGUCCAGGGGAGACUGGUUUGGAGAGAAGGCUCUACAUGGAGAAGACAUAAGGUUGGCCAACGUAAUUGCAGUGGAGGAUGUGAUCUGCCUGGUAAUUGACCAAGACUCAUUCCGACAGAUUAUUGGAAGCUUGGAAGAUGUGUCCAGUCAAGAACAUGAGAGUGCAGAGACGCGGGAGCAGUUUGAGGCAGAAGCUACGUUCUUUGCCAGCUUGGAGCGAACAGAUUUCCAUGUCCAUCAAACACUUGGAGUUGGAGGAUUUGGUCGUGUUGAGUUGGUACAGCUAAAGAAUGAAGAAAAUCGGACGUUUGCGAUGAAGAUUCUGAAGAAGCACCACAUUGUGGAGACGCGACAGCAGGAGCAUAUUCGCUCAGAGAGGCAGAUCAUGCAGGAGGCUCACUGUGAUUUUAUAGUCAGGUUGUACAGGACAUUCCGAGACCGUAAGUAUCUUUACAUGCUGAUGGAAGCCUGCCUUGGUGGUGAACUGUGGACCAUCCUGAGAGACAGGGGCUCAUUUGAUGAUUCCGUUACACGGUUCUACACUGCCUGUGUGCUGGAAGCUUUUGCAUAUUUGCACAGCAAAGGAGUCAUUUACAGAGAUCUGAAACCAGAGAACAUCAUCCUCAAUCACAAAGGUUAUGCUAAGCUGGUGGAUUUUGGCUUUGCUAAGAAGAUUGGAUUUGGGAAGAAGACAUGGACCUUUUGUGGGACUCCCGAAUACGUAGCUCCCGAGAUCAUCCUCAACAAAGGUCACGACAGCUCUGCAGAUUACUGGUCCUUGGGCAUCCUAAUGUAUGAGCUCCUGACAGGCAGCCCUCCGUUCUCUGGCUCUGACCCUAUGCAAACGUACAACGUAAUUCUGAGAGGGAUAGAUAUGGUUGAGUUCCCAAAGAAAAUCACCAAAAAUGCAGGCAACCUCAUCAAGAAGCUGUGCAGGGACAACCCUUCAGAGAGACUAGGCACCCAAAAAAACGGAGCAAAGGACAUACAGAAGCACAAGUGGUUUGAAGGCUUUAACUUUGAAGGGCUCAGGAAAGGUACACUAACUGCAGCCAUAGUUCCUAGCGUGACAGGGCCUCUGGACACCAGCAAUUUUGACAUCUUCCCCGAGGAACCAGAGGAGGAACCUCCUGAUGAGGAAUCGGGAUGGGAUGUGGAGUUCUAGAUCAAGACCACCACUGAUGGAGCUGGAGAGAAGGAUAUGAAUUAGCAGAACAAACUGUCAAAUUUAUGUAAGCGUGAAAUAGAUUCUAAUCCUGGCAUUUGCUCAAUGUAACAGUGUACUUGGCUUAAGCCUAUUCAAUUACGAUAAUUGUUGACAUUAAACAUGGACACUUCUCAACAA